AUGACAACAUCGAAGCUCAACCGUGAUGGAUUAUCUGACUGGAAGCAUUUGGGUGAUAAGUUGUCGGAUCACGAAAAAAGUGUCAACCAUCUAAAGCAUUUUGUUCAAUGGAAAGAGCUUAAACUUCGUCUUUCAGUUUCCAAGACUAUAGAUGAAGAUGCACAGAAAGAGUUGAAUGAUCUUAAAAAAAAUUACUGGAGAAAUGUUCUUGAACGCCUGUUUGCUAUUACCCACUAUUUGGCCUCAAGAAAUCUGUCUUUUCGAGGAACUCGUGAAAAACUUUUUCAGCCCAACAAUGGCAACUUUUUGGGGCUCGUAGAACUAUUGGCCCAAUUUGAUGUUCUCAUGGCAGAACACAUGCGACGAACGACUGAGGGGAAUCAAACGGAUCAUUACCUCGGAAAAAACAUGCAGAAUGAAUUCAUCCAAAAGCUGGCAGAUCAUGUAAAAAAAAGAUUUAUUCAGCGAGUCAAGGAUGCCCGAUACUAUGCAGUCCUUCUAGACUGCACACAAGAUGUAGUCGUGUGGAGAACGUUGCUGCAGAAGGUGGAAGACUUAGGACUUUCUCUGAGUAACUGCAGAGGACAAGCUUCACCAAGACGAUGGAAGCUUUUAACGGAUGCUGUUGGAUCCGUGGGUCUCACAGUCAAAGCUCUUUCGGAAACCCACUGGGAAUGUCAGAUAGAAAGUGUGAAGGCUAUCCGGUGGCAGCUCCCCGACAUUGUUGACGUCCUGCAACAAUUCUCUACCACUCCCGGCGAUCCCAUGGCACAGAGCGAUGCAUCUUCCCUUUGCACCAUUCUGCAGUCUUUCGAGUUUAUUUUGUCAACUGUCGUGUGGCACGACAUUCUAUUCAAAGUCAACAUCAUGAGCAAAACAUAG